GUGUGUAGCUACAACCGCUCGCGGCGAGCCCGUGAAAUUAAAUGCAAUUCGAGAUAGCGAUGGACGAUGAGUGUAACACGACGAUCAAGGAAACGUUCCAGGAGCCACGAAAAAGAUUCUGGCUGAGACCGAGGAAACGGCUGAAGAGCGACGCGAUAAGCGUCAGCUCGAUGGACAUAUCUAUGGACUCCGACACAAGCAAGAAGAAGAAGCGUCGCAGAAUCACGGAGGUCGCCAGUAGCAUAUUUUCCUCUUCUACUGCGGCGAAUAAAUUGGGGAACGCUCUGCACAGAUCCUUCACGAUCCAGCCGAACUCCUCGGAUCUGUCUAUCAUCGAGGACGAGGCGGACACGAGGACGUUACGCAAAAAAUUGAAUAACGCUUCUGAAAGCUGUAACAGUUUGGCAAUCAGGAGUUGGAUAUCAGACAUCGCGCAGCCACGUGGCAAGGAACGCUUGAACAGUGUAUUAAGUCGAAGUGAUAUCAGGCGGCAAGAAGCUAUUUAUGAGUUGUACUGCGGCGAAAAUGUGCUACUGAAUGAGCUCUAUAUGCUGAGAGACUUCUAUUACGAACCAAUGUCAACCACCGAAAUCUUUAACUCCGAAGAAUUGUCCACACUCUUUGGCGAUCUCAUAAAUCUCAUCGAGAUACACAGUAACUUGAGGGACGAAUUGUUCAAAUUACGGGAUAGAUAUGGGUUCACAAAGGCCGUGGGACCAACGCUAUUAAAUUGGCUGUCUACGUUAAAGAAACCAUAUCUGGAGAGAUGCAGAACAUUGGUUUGGGCGAGGCAUUUACUGGAGGAGAAGAGAUUUACUAACAAGAGAUUCCAGUCGUUUCUAAAAAAACGCCUAGAAUCGCCACGUUCCACUGACCUGUGGACUUACCUGGACGUGCCACGCUCAAGAAUCGUGAAGUAUCCGCUAUUAGUGAAAGAGAUUUUAAAAUACACGCCUGCUACCGAUGCGGAUCAUUUACCGUUGAAAGAGGCGAGCAACGUGCUGUCCGAUUUGCUGAAGGAUAUCGAUCACAUUAUGGGCGACGCCGAGUGUAAGCUUGCUCAAUCAAAAAUAAACGCGAAAAUCGAACACGAUCCUGAAAAAUGCAUCGCUAACGCCACAGAGUUGAUUACGGAGGGUCAGCUUAAGGAUACACGUGGAAUAAAAUAUCAUUGCUUUCUUUUCGACACUUGUUUCGCGAUAACUCGUCCUACACGACGCAUUAGUAAAAAGUACAAUCUACUCUUUCCCGUCAUACCCAAGGAACAGAUGUAUGUGCAAGUAGAAGAUAAAAGUACCGCAGAAAUCUGCUUUAAGAUUGGAGAAUUUUCUUUCAUAAUGGAAGACGGGCACAAAAAAAGACACUGGGCUGAUUCGUUCAACAAGAUACACUCUAGAUGCAUUCCAGAUAAAGUAUUUAAUACCGACGACAAGGAAAACUUGUUGGACAACGCAAAGUUAUCAGUGUCAAAUAAUUGCGUCACGAGGACAUCGAUAUCCAGGAGAACUUCCACAAGCAGUAUAAACGAUAAUCUAUUUUCCUUUUCCAUAAGGAAGAGUCUACUUAAGCAAAAACGCAACAGUAUUGGAUAUAUAUAGUAGAAGCUUUUAUUCACGAGCUUUUAUCUCUUCAGUAAGAAGCAUUCUUGUUGGUAUCUUAGUACAAAAAUCUCAAAUUAAUAUAACGAAAAUUAUUCUUAUCUAUGUUGCAAUCUUUCUUCACGAGACUUGUUUUGUAAUAAAAAAUUGUCAAUAACUAAAAGUUUUCAAAAUAAUAAUAUAUUACACAUUCCAACAUAACAGAGA